AUGUGUAAUAUUAAAAUUUAUCCAAUCAUUUACUUGGUCUUGUCACAUGCAAAUUAUUAUAUAAAUUAUAAAUCGAGUUCGCGACUUUCACGAACGUGUAAAACUUUGAAGAUGAGCGAAAAAAACUUUAAUAUUACUACUAAAGAAUGGAAAUACGAGAUAGGAACUUGUUUUGUGUGUCGAAAAUGCCUUUAUUGUGGUGUUAAUUUGGCUGAAGGAAGUGUGUGCAAUUGUGAAAAGACUCUUAAACCUACGAAUAGCAGUAAAACUAAAAAGUUCCAAGUUGGUCAUGUCAGAAAUGGAGUUUAUAAACAUAAUGAAAGUCAUCCUAUAUUGGUUGCUUUAUUACAGUCUAAUAAUGAUAUACAUAAAUAUCAAUAUGAUUUAUCAAAAAAAUUUAAUUUUACUUUAUGUGCGAAGUGUAAUAGCCAACUUGUAAGAGAUCAAAAUACUUAUAAUAAAAAUAAUCUAAUUUCAAUUGAUGAGAAAGAAAACCAAACUGUAAAGACGCCUACAAAGCCACUCAAUCCUUCUAAACUAAAUAAUGUACUUAAUUCUAAUUCUGAUAUUCCUUUCCGUUUCAAACUAAUAAUUAAAACACCUGAUUUGACUAAACCAGCAAAAGCAAUUACCUUAGAAAAAAUACCAGCUUAUUUUGAAUUUGAUGAUUUAGUAUUGCAAAAAGUUUGCGAAACAGUUGGUUUAGUGGUUCGUACUAAAUAUGAAUUGUCUUAUAAAGCAGAAAAAGGAACAGGAGCUGGUACAAUUUUGGAAGAAGAAGAGGACUUUGAAGAAUUUAUAAGGGAGUACCAUAAAUUGACUAUUUCUGAUAAGGCUUUAUUGAUUACAGCAACUGUUAAACAAAAAGAAAAGGCAAAAAGAAAAAAGAAGAGUUUAGAGAUAUCAGAUGGUAAUGAAUCUGUGAGCGAAGAUGAUGAAUUGGAACUAACUGCCAAGCAAAAAAAUAAAAAAAAAGAUAUUGUUAUAUCAAAGAUGACAGACAUUUACUACUUACAACAUUACAUUUGUCCAUGUGGACAGAUGAAAUUUUUCAACAAGAUCAUCAUCAUAUCUGAUAAUAAUGCAAAUUAUUACCAACAACAAUAUGUGUCUCCACCAAAUUCUCAUUCUUAUUAUUCGGGAUGGCCACCUUAUCCACCACCAUAUCCACCAUCACAUUUAUCUUCGUAUCUAUCAUCACAAGCAUUGUCAUAUUUACCACCAUCAUCACAUACACAAUUUGCUUCAACUUUAGAUGUAGCAUUACAAACUUCACAAUCUACACCUUCAUUAUCUUAUGAAAUUACAGAACCAUCUAUAAAAGAUUUUUUAGAACUUCUUGACAAAAAGUUUGGAGAAGCAAGAUAUACAAUUUAUUUACAAAAAUUUGAAGAGGAGGAAAUUACAGUAUCACAACUUGCAGAAAUGAAUCCUGAAGUUUUAUUAAAUGAAUUUGGAAUAGAAAUAAUUGGUCGUAGAUUAAACUUAAUUAAAGAAGCAAAAAAUUUUCUCUGA